UGAGGAGGGGCUCCAGGGAGGAGCCGUGAAGCUGAAGGCGAAACGGAGACAGUGUGUUUGGGGGGAAGGGACGCAAGGCGCAGGUAUGGAGGGAGGCCGCAGCCCAGAAGGUUGCUAUGGGGCCAGGCUGGAGACCCCCGCCCCCGCCAGGGUGGGAUUCAGGGGCGGGACUACCAGGGGGGAAGCCGGGGGUUCUCCCAAAUCCUGGAGCAGACGACGGAAGGGAGAUUGAUUUGGGCUAUCAGCAAGAGGAGGGAGUCAGAAACCAUUGCUGAGAGACAGAGAGCUCCUAAUAGAGGUGGUCCAGGCCCAGGAUUGGAAACGCGGGGACUCCAGAGAGCGAAGGUAGAUGGAUGGGUGGGAUUUCUGUGGCCUAACUCGGGUAUCCCCACCCGGGCCUGAUGAACCCCCCACUAAGCCUCAGGGCCCAAAAGAGGGUAGGAAACCUAACUGCCCCCCCCCUCCCUAGCUGGGUGCAAUGUACGCAAGUAGGCCCUGAGCACAACUUGUCUGUAGGUGUGGCCAAUUGCAUAGCAGACUAGAGGUCUGUGUGUAUCGGUGGGUGUGUCUGUGGGUGUUUAUGUCUGUGUGUUUGUCGUUCCUGGGUCUGUGUUUACCUGUGCCCCUUUAUGUCUGUCCCUAUUUGUAGAUAUGUCUGUGGCCUGUGGUGUGUCUAAAUACGCUGUGUCCCUACAGAGCCCCUGUACGCUUGUGAGGUCUGUCUGUCUCUGUCUGUGGAGGUUCGGGUUAUAUUUACACAGAAUGGGAAUCUGUGUCAACCUGACGGCUCAGUGUCGGUGGCUCCAAACACCUUUGUCAGGGUGUGUGAUUCUGGGGACACACACACACACACACACACGCACACUUCUAUGGCUGGCUGUCUGGGAGGGGUCCCCUAAACUGGACUGGGUAGUCUGCGCCUGUGUUUCCCUUUCCUGAAGACCCAAAUCAGGUCUCUGCGCCUUUUUUCUCUCUUUCACUCCUCCCUCCCCAACCGUCUCUUCUUUCUCUCUCUCUCUCCACCUGUUCCCUUUCUCAAGUGGAUCCGGGACCCAGGCAGGGCCGCCCCCCGGGCCUGGUGGCCUUAAACAGGGUCCUUCAGCCUCCGCCUCUUGCCCCACGACAUGAACCUUCUCUAUCGAAAAACCAAGCUGGAGUGGAGACAGCACAAAGAAGAGGAGGCCAAAAGAAGCUCCAGUAAGGAAGCAGCCCCCACAGGCCCCGUGGGGCCUGGGGCUGUCCCAGGGCCCGGGGUUCGAGUACGGGACAUCGCCUCACUUCGAAGGUCCCUCAGGAUGGGUUUCAUGACGAUGCCCGCGUCCCAGGAACACACCCCUCACCCCUGCCGCAGCGCCAUGGCCCCGCGCUCUCUCUCCUGCCACUCGGUGGGCAGCAUGGACAGUGUAGGCGGUGGGCCUGGGGGAGGGCUCACGGAGGACAGCGGCUCCCGGAGACCCCCAGCCAAGCCCCGGAGACACCCCAGUACCAAGCUCAGCAUGGCGGGGUCAGGGGCAGAGACGCCACCAAGUAAGAAAGCAGGCUCCCAGAAGCCAGCUCCUGAGUGCCGUGAGUCCAGCAGGAAGGUUCCGCCACAGAAACCCAGGCGAAGCCCCAAUACACAGUUGUCUGUGUCCUUCGAUGAGUCUUGUGCCCCAGUCCCGUCUUCUCGAGGGGGGAACCUGCCCCUGCAACGCCUCAGUAGGGCUUCUCGAAUAACUGGAGACCUGGAUGCAGGUGCCCAGGAAGAAGAGCCCGUGUACAUUGAGAUGGUAGGCGAUGUCUUUCGUGGAGGAGGACGAAGUGGAGGAAGCCUGCCGGGACCUCCUCUUGGAAGUGGGGGCCCAACCCCUCCAGCUGCUGCCGAUUCGGACUCUGAAGACAGCGAGGCUAUAUAUGAAGAGAUGAAGUACCCCUUGCCUGAAGAGGCAGGAGACGGCAGGGCCAACGGGCCCCCUCCAUUGAUGGCACCCUCCCCUCCACAACAGCCCCAUGUCCUCCAGCCUCACCCCCACCCCCACCGCCGGCCAGCUUCAGCCCUCCCAAGCCGAAGGGAUGGGACCCCCACCAAGACCACUCCUUGUGAAAUACCCCCACCCUUUCCCAACCUCCUUCAGCAUCGGCCGCCACUUCUGGCCUUCCCGCAAGCCAAGUCUGCUUCGCGAGCCCCUGGCGAUGGGGUCUCAAGGCUGCCGGUCCUCUGCCACUCCAAGGAGGCAGCCGGUGCCACCCCAGCUCCCCAAGUGCCUGCACGAGAGCGGGAGACGCCUCCCCUGCCGCCUCCGCCUCCUGCUGCCAACCUGCUAUUGCUGGGACCCUCAGGCCGAGCCAGGAGCCACUCCACACCGUUGCCACCCCAGGGCUCUGGCCACACCCGGGGAGAGCGGGAGCUCCCCAACUCUCACAGCAUGAUCUGCCCCAAGGCAGCAGGGGUACCGGCAGCCCACCCUGCCCCAGCUGCCUUGCUCCCCGGCCCCCCGAAGGACAAGGCCGUGUCAUACACUAUGGUGUAUUCUGCGGUAAAAGUGACCACGCACUCGGUCCUGCCAGCUGGUCCACCCCUGGGUGUUGGAGAGCCAAAGACAGAGGAGAUCUCAGUUCUUCAUGGAAUGCUGUGCGCCAGUUCGAGGCCCCCUGUCCCGGGGAAAUCCAGCCCCCAUAGCGCAGCUAUGGGUUCAGCGGCUGGGGUCCUCCAUCACCGCAGCUGCCUGGCCUCCCCCCACAGCCUUCCGGAUCCAACUGCAGGUCCCCUGACCCCCCUCUGGACCUACCCAGCCACAGCAGCUGGGCUCAAGAGACCCCCUGCCUAUGACAGCCUCAAGGCUGGGGGGGUGCUGAAUAAGGGCUGCGGAAUGGGGGCGCCGUCCCCCAUGGUCAAGAUCCAGCUGCAAGAACAAGGGACUGAUGCCGGUGCCUUUGCCAGUAUCUCCUGUGCCCAUGUCAUCGCCAGUGCGGGGACACCAGAAGAGGAAGAGAUGGGUGCCACGUUUGGGGCAGGCUGGGCUCUGCAGAGGAAGGUUCUGUAUGGAGGACGGAAGGCAAAAGACGUGGACAAAGAGGACGGUGCCCGGGCCUGGAAUGGCAGCACGGAAGGCCCAGGCAAAGUUGAGCAUGAGGACAGGGGCCCUGUGGCAUCAGGGAUUCCUGUAAGGAGCCAGGGAGCAGAGGGUCUGCUGGCCAGGAUCCACCACGACCGAGGAGGGAGCCGCACAGCGCUGCCUGUCCCUUGCCAGACUUUCCCGGCCUGCCACCGGAAUGGAGAUUUCACAGGAGGGUACCGCCUGGGCCGCUCUGCCUCCACCUCUGGAGUCCGUCAGGCUGCGCUCCACACCCCUCGGCCCUGCAGCCAGCCCAGGGAUGCCCUGAGCCAGACACACCCUGUGCUGCCCCUGCCCCUGCCGCCCCAGCCCAGCGCGGCAGCCCGGGAGCGCGACGGCAAACUCCUGGAGGUGAUUGAGCGCAAACGCUGCGUGUGCAAGGAGAUCAAGGCACGCCACCGUCCCGAUCGGGGACUCUGCAAGCAAGAGAGCAUGCCCAUCCUCCCCAGCUGGCGGCGGGGCCCUGAACCCCGCAAGUCCGGUACCCCGCCCUGCCGGCGGCAGCACACGGUCCUCUGGGACACUGCCAUCUGAGGAAUACAGGGGCAGCUGGGACGCCUGGAUUGGGAGGGGAGGGGCCUGCCCAGGUCUCCUAGAGACUUGAGAGGCGGAGGAAGUAGGAGAAAGGGUUCCUACUAGGCCCUCUGUGGGGGCUUGGGGUGCCAGCAGGAGCCCAAGCCAUUUGGGGGAGGAGGAGGGUUUGCUUGAUGUUGGAAGGAAGGGUCUAUGCGUGUAGACUCUUCUUGAAAUGAAGGCCAGCGCAGAGGUCUCCAUGGGGAAAGGAGGGAAGGGUUUGGAAGAAGUGGGGGUGGGGCAUAUAGGCGUCUGACUGGAGUAACAGGGAAGCUCGCUCUUUUAUUGAGAGCCGGGGGAGUGGGGAAGGGUAUUUAUUUUGCUAUUUAUUUUAGUCUGGAGGGCAAUUCUGGGCCCUUCUGACCUACUCCUGAGCAGGAGGUGGAGAACCAAGGCUAAAAUUGCACUCUCCCCAAGGCCAGUGCCUAAAGACCUCUGCCAUCCUUGCCCAGCCAGAGAGGAAGGGGUGUGGCUGCUUCUGGAGCGGUCAGAAGGCAGAGAGGCCCAGACAGUGACAGUAUUUAUAGUUUUCCCAGAAUUUGGUAGUGAGUGUGGUCUGCUGUAAAACAGGCAUUUUAUUUAGUUCUGGGGUAAGGGUCUAGCCAGGGCUGGGUGGGGUGUUCAGGGAAGAGGGAGAACUUAAGUGGGUGGAGGGAGGAGCAGGGUAUUUAUUUAAAUUAAAAAAAAAAGCUGUCAGGAACUU